AUGGUUGCUGAACUUGGCCAAUAUGUUCAUGCAAUUGGGACAGAUUCCAACAAUUCAAUGGAACCCCAAAGUAUCAAAGCAAUUGACAUUGAACCUACAAAGGGACAACGUACUGGGCACCGAGUGCUCAACCUCAAUACUAAGAAGAUGAUUUCCCGACCCAAGGUCGUUGUACUACCCGUUACUGACCAAGUAAUCCAGCGUGUUGAAGCUUGGGCUGCUGCCAAAGGUGUUACUUCCAUGAAGUUCUUUGAGAUUUGGAGACAUUUCAAGAUGGCGAUUAAAUUGCAGUGGAUGACACGGAACAAGGUCAAUUAG